CUUUCCAACUGUGACACAGGAAGACACACUGAAAAUAGAAAAAAAUUCUAAAAGUCAUAUAGACAAAAUAAUCACUGAUUUGCUGCAGUUUAUGAACAUUUUCAUAAUAUUAUUCCAAUACAUUCCAGAAAGUACACAAAGGUUUGUGGCAAUCCUUAAGAUCACAGACCAGGACAGAAGACCAAGAGAUUUCAAAUUUUGAACCUUACAUCUAUAGCUUGGAAUACAUUAUACUUCACAUUUGAGAGGAGUGGAAACACUGACUUUGGCUGUCCAGUUCAUGAAGAGUGAAGAGGUAGUAAGGAAUAAGUUUGGAGUAACAUUUGACAAACAUGACCGACAGUGAAACAAAUAUAGCAGAGCAUUCAGAUAAUACUGUUGAAAGUCCAAGUGCUGAAGAUGCCAAUAGUCCAUGUUUUCAGUAUUAUGAAAAAACAAGAAGUGACCAUGAAAUGGAUGAAAAGAAUGAAGGAGACUCAAAAUUGUCUUGUAGAAAGUCUCCCAAGGAAAUGGUGGGAUUCUUUGAACUGCUGCGUUAUGCAGAUGCCUUUGAUAUCUUCCUCAUGGUCAUCGGCCUUAUCUGUGCUGCAGCCAAUGGGACAGGUCUGCCUAUUCUCAUCAUUGUAUUUGGAGACAUGACAGACAGCUUUGUCCUGAGUGGAAUGAAUGUAAAUGCAUCACUUAAUACUUCUGGUUGUUCAGAACUCCUUACAAUUGACAUAGAAGGUGAAAUGACUAGGUUUUCCUAUUACUAUGUCGGGUUAGGCUGUGCUGUUUUUAUCUUAAGUGUUUUCCAGAUUUGGACAUUUUUGGUCUCGGCUGGUCGCCAAAUUAUGAGAAUUCGGCAGAAGUUUUUCAGAGCGGUUCUUCAUCAAGAUAUGUCUUGGUUUGAUUCCACUCAGAUUGGGACCUUGAACUCAAGACUUACUGAUGACAUAAAUACCAUCCAUGAAGGUCUCGCUGAUAAGAUGUGCAUAUUUGUGCAGUUUCUUAGUACUUUUCUAUCUGGAAUUAUCAUUGGAUUUGUGUAUGGCUGGAAGCUAACACUGGUCAUCUUGUCAGUUAGUCCCCUACUUGGUGUGUCAGCAGCAAUCUGGACCAAGCUUGUUGCAUCAUUUACAUCAAAGGAGUUACAAGCCUACGCAAAGGCCGGUGCAGUAGCAGAGGAAAUUUUGACAACGAUUCGGACAGUCAUUGCUUUUAAUGGACAGCAGAAAGCUAUAGAUAAGUAUGAUGCCAACUUAAUUGAUGCCAGGAAUGUUGGAGUGAAAAAAUCUGUAACCUUAAAUGUAUCAAUGGGACUGUCACAGUUUCUCAUAUUUGGAGCGUAUGCCCUAGCAUUUUGGUAUGGAACAAGACUGACUGUGGAAGAACCUGAAAAUUACAGCAUUGGCAAAGUAUUAAUUGUAUUUUUCUCAGUGUUGGUCGGUACAUUCACACUUGGACAAGUUUCACCAAAUCUAGAAAGUAUUAGUAGUGCACAAGGAGCAGCUUUUGAGAUAUACAAGAUUAUAAACAAGCCUCGUCACAUCGAUAGUGACUCCCCUGAGGGCAACAAGCCAGACAAAUUAACUGGACACAUUGACUUUAAAAAUAUUCACUUUACCUACCCUAGUCGCCCAGAUGUACAGAUCCUUACUGGUCUGAACCUUAAGAUACCAGCUGGAAAGACCAUGGCUCUAGUUGGCAUGAGUGGCUGUGGGAAAAGCACAACUAUUCAGUUAUUACAGAGAUUCUAUGAUCCACAAGAGGGGGAGGUCAUGGUGGAUGGUCAAGAUAUUCGAUCACUCAAUGUUAAGUGGCUGAGAGACAACAUUGGGGUGGUCAGUCAGGAACCAGUCUUGUUUGGAACAACCAUUUGUGAAAACAUUCGGUUUGGAAGAGAUGGAGUAACUGAGCAAGAAAUUGAACAAGCAGCCAGAGAAGCCAAUGCGUAUGACUUUAUUUCCAAACUGCCUGAUCAAUUCAAUACAUUGGUGGGGGAGAGAGGGGCCCAGCUGAGUGGAGGACAGAAGCAGAGAAUAGCCAUUGCACGUGCUCUUGUACGAAAUCCAAAAAUUCUGCUACUUGAUGAAGCAACAUCAGCUCUGGACACACAGAGCGAGGCUGUUGUACAAGCUGCAUUAGAUAAGGCUAGAGCAGGUCGCACGACAAUAGUCAUAGCUCAUCGACUGUCUACUGUCCGAACUGCAGACAUCAUUGCCGGAUUCCAUGGUGGUAUUGUGGUGGAGCAGGGGUCACAUGAUGAUCUUAUGUGUAAAAAAGGAGUCUAUUAUUCACUUGUGAUGCUUCAGAACCAGGAUAAGGAAGAAGAAAAGAAUGGCUGUGGUAUAAGCUCUUUGGAAAUGAAAAGUUCAAAUGAAGACUGUAAGGAAGAUGAAAAAAUAGAUGCAGAAAAAACAGAAACAGUACAAGAUGUUGAAAAUGUGCUGGCUCCUAUCAAACGUGAAAGUUUUAAAACAGGAUCUGGAAGGAAAAAAAGUCAAACCCCAUCAAAAAGUGAUUCUGACAAGGAAAAGCCUAAAAAUCAAGAUAAUAACACAGAUGUACCUCUUAGAAGAAUUCUAGAGCUAAAUAAACCAGAAUGGUUAUACAUCAUAAUUGGAAUUGUAGCAGCUUCAAUCAACGGGGGAAUAUACCCAACAUUUGCCGUCAUUUUUGGAAAAGUUAUUGGUACGUUUCAGGAGCAGGACCCGGACCAAAGAAAUGAAAAAACUGCUUUAUUAUCAUUAAUGUUUCUUCUGCUAGGAGUGAUUAGCUUUACAGUUUAUCUUGCAAUGGGUUUUAUGUUUGGAAAAUCUGGAGAGAAUCUAACCAUGAGGCUUCGAUCCUUGUCAUUUAAAGCAUUACUCGGACAGGAAAUGGGAUAUUAUGAUGACCAUAAAAAUGCUGUUGGUGUACUACUGACAAGGCUUGCAACAGAUGCUUCUCAAAUUAAAGGAGCUACUGGGAGCCGACUGGGAUUACUCACAAUGACAGUGUGCACUCUGCUUGCCGCAAUCCUCAUUUCUUUUGUACAUGGCUGGCAGCUGACACUGCUUAUCUUGGCCUGUGUUCCAUUCUUGAUUGGAGCCAACAUCAUUAGGCUGAAGUCUAUAGCAGGACACGCAUCAAAAGAUCAAAAGGCCUUGGAAGAAGCUGGGAGAAUAUCAACUGAAGCUGUGGAAAAUAUACGGACGUUGGUGUCACUGACAAAAGAAGAUGCUUUUUAUGAAAAGUAUAAUGACAGUUUGCAAAGACCCUACAGAGAUUCUCUUAAGAAAGCUCCUCUCUAUGGAAUAACAUACGCCAUUGCACAGUCCAUGAAUUACUUUGUGAAUGCAGCAGUAUUCAGAUUUGGGGCCUGGCUCAUAGUACGCUGCUACAUGCAUUUUGAAAACGUUUUUAUAGUAUUUUCAGCCAUUAUGUUUGCAGCUAUAAGUGUGGGACAAUCAAAUUCUUUUGCACCAGAUUUUGGAAAAGCAAAGGCAUCAGCUUAUCGUAUUUUUCAACUUCUGGACAGAAAACCAGCUAUAGACAUCUACAGCGAAGAAGGAGAUACUUUGGAUGAGUUGGAGGGAAAUCUUGAAUUUAACAAGCUCAGAUUUGUAUAUCCAACAAGACCAAAUGUUCAUGUUCUACAAGGACUCAGUAUUAAAGUGUCUAAAGGCCAGACUCUGGCAUUAGUGGGGAGCAGCGGCUGUGGAAAAAGUACUUUGAUUCAGCUACUGGAGAGGUUUUAUGACCCUAUAGAAGGACAAGUGUUUGCUGAUGGAAUCGAUACUAAAUCUCUUAAUUUGAAAUGGUUGAGGUCUCAGCUUGGCAUAGUGUUGCAGGAGCCAGUUCUCUUUGACUUCUCUAUUCGCGAGAAUAUUCAAUAUGGAGACAAUAGUAGACUUGUUCCCCAGGAGGAGAUUGAAGAAGCAGCCAAAGCAGCCAACAUUCACACCUUCAUCAAGAGCCUACCAGAAGGGUAUAACACACGGGUCGGUGAUAAGGGAGCACAGCUUUCAGGUGGACAAAAGCAAAGGAUUGCCAUUGCCCGCGCUCUUGUUCGAAAGCCUAAAAUCUUACUGCUGGAUGAAGCCACUUCUGCUCUUGACACUGAAAGUGAAAAGGUUGUACAGCAAGCGCUGGAUGAUGCCAGGCAAGGGCGAACAUGCAUAGUGAUUGCUCACCGACUCACCACAGUGCAGAAUGCUGAUGUCAUUGCGGUGGUAAAGAACGGGAAGGUGGUAGAGCAAGGCAGUCACAACCAACUGCUGAAUAAACAAGAAGAAUAUUAUGCCCUUGUGAACUCCCAGAUCUCACACUAACAGACUGUUCAUAUCACUACAGGCAGUGUUAUAAAUAUCACUUAUAUAAAAUA